CGUACAGCUGUUUCACGUUGCUAAUAUUCUGCGCAAGAUGUUAUCCACGAUUUAGUUACAUGCAGGGCAGUGAUGCAAACAAGCCCUCUGGAAAAUAAAGGAAUUCUUGUGUGGCUGUCUUUUUGAUAAAAAGACCCCUGUCUCUCUUCGCCCACUAUGCGGAGGCUUAACGGUCCCGAAGCCGUCCGCAUAGGUCGUAUAUAACGGAUAUUUUAUGGAAGGUGGGACGAGGGAGAGCUUGUGAGGCUGGGGAGUCGGGACAUCGGCUGAGCUGGAGAGAGGAGCGUUAGCAAGCUAGCUUUCGUGACAGUACGGUUAUAACGGAACAGUGACUUUUCCACACAACUGCCAGUUGGUUCGGUUAUCAUGGCAACGAAUAGUAACGUUAACAGUUUAACGCUAACGCCUGGGAUUGGAGAUAUCAUCCAGUUAAACGUCGGUGGGACAAGGUUCAGCACCUCCAGACAAACUCUGACAUGGAUCCCAGACUCUUUCUUCUCAAGUUUGCUGAGUGGAAGGAUAUCCACUCUUCGGGAUGAAACUGGAGCUAUAUUUAUUGACAGAGACCCUACAGCAUUUGCACCAAUUUUGAAUUUCCUCCGAACCAAAGAACUGGACCUGCGGGGUGUCAACAUCAGUAUCCUGCGACAUGAAGCAGAGUUUUACGGGAUAACUCCUUUAGUGCGACGCCUGCUGCUGUGUGAGGAACUGGACCGCUCAUCAUGUGGAAGUGUUCUCUUCCACGGUUACCUGCCGCCCCCAGCCAUCCCUGCCCGUAAGUCAAGCCCUGGCUCUUCCUCUGAUGAGCGUCCGGGUCCCAGUGGAGCAGAGGGCUUCACCCGUGUUGUCCCCCCUCCUCAUCCUUCCCUUUCUGGCCCACCUGGAACAGACGACAACCACAAACUGAGUGCUGUGGUUGACCCCAGGAAGGUGCUGAUUAUAGCGGGACAUCACAACUGGAUUGUAGCGGCUUAUGCUCACUUUGUCAUCUGCUACAGAAUAAAGGAAUCUUCUGGAUGGCAACAAGUGUUUUCCUCCCCCUACCUUGACUGGACCAUUGAACGCAUCGCACUUAACGCCAAGGUGGUGGGUGGCCCACAUGGGGACAAGGACAAGAUGGUGGCUGCCGCCUCUCAAAGCAGUAUUAUCCUCUGGAGCAUCCAAGAUGGAGGCAGUGGCAAUGAGAUAGGUGUAUUCAGUCUUGGUGUACCCGUGGAUGACCUAUUCUUCAUUGGGAACCAGCUGGUGGCCACAAGCCAUACAGGGAAGGUUGGGGUUUGGAAUGCCGUCACACAGCACUGGCAGGUUCAAGAUGUGGUUCCUAUUACCAGUUGUGACACAGCAGGAUCCUUCCUGCUGCUGGGCUGCAACAAUGGCUCUAUCUACUACAUAGACAUGCAGAAGUUCCCUCUGAGGAUGAAGGAUAAUGAUCUGCUAGUGACGGAGCUUUAUCAUGACCCUUCAAAUGAUGCCAUCACUGCGCUGUCUGUCUACCUCACACCUAAAACCAGUGUGAGUGGGAACUGGAUAGAGAUAGCCUAUGGGACUAGCAGCGGUGCAGUGAGAGUGAUCGUGCAACACCCAGAGACAGUGGGAUCGGGCCCCCAGCUCUUUCAGACAUUCACUGUGCACAGGAGCCCUGUGACAAAGAUUAUGCUGUCUGAGAAACAUCUGGUAUCAGUGUGUGCGGACAACAACCACGUUCGGACGUGGACAGUGACCCGGUUCAGGGGGAUGAUCUCCACCCAGCCAGGCUCCACCCCUCUGGCUUCCUUCAAAAUACUGUCUCUGGAGGAGACGGAGAGCCACGGGAGCUACUGCUCUGGGAAUGAUAUAGGCCCAUUUGGAGAGAGAGACGAUCAGCAGGUUUUCAUACAGAAGGUGAUCCCUGUCAUCAACAAACUGUUUGUGAGGCUGUCAUCGACUGGAAAGAGGAUCUGUGAAGUACAGUCAGUGGAUGGGACCACGAUCUCUUGCUUCAUGGUACGGGAGUGUGAGGGUUCGAGCCGGAUGGGGUCGCGACCUCGGCGCUAUCUGUUCACCGGUCACGGCAAUGGCAGCAUCCAAAUGUGGGACCUGACCACAGCGAUGGACAUAGCUAACAAAGGAGAGGAGAGGAAGAGAGAGGAUGUUGGUGGGCCUACAGAGGAGGAGCUGCUGCAGCUGUUGGACCAGUGUGACCUGAGCACCUCCCGCUGUGCUACACCAAAUAUCAGCCCCGCCCCCUCUGUGCUGCACUACACACGCCUCAGAGAGUCCUGCUCAAGUCUGCAGUUACAGGCCCCAGAGCCCAUUCCUGAGAGCCAGGCUACAUAUGGAGCUGUGCGACCCUACAGAGAGAGCCCCCUGCUGGCCCGCGCUCGACGAACUGAGUCCUUCCACAGCUACCGAGACUUCCAGAACUUCAGCCUGAGUCGGGGCCUCCUGGACAGCACAGGUCAGACGUCCUCACAGGGCCCCAGCCAGACCCCUGAUGCCCGCCGUUCACUCUGUGACUUUGGGCCUGAGGACAGUGAGAGGAGAGCCACAGCUAUGGAGUUCUGGGCUUGCCGAACAGCCAGUUCAAGCUCGCCCAUACACAUGGGGGGUAUGAAGGCAGAAGGCGGUCAAGAGUCUCCACGACAACCACCUGACAGUCCGAUUCCUGGAGGCGACGUGAGGCGAAAGGUGCACCCACAACCAGAGGAGGGAGAGGGCGUGGGGUUAUGGGGUGAGGGGGUGAAGGCGGAGGGUGGUGUGAGGAAGAGGGGAGUACUAGAAGGAGGCUUUCUGGGGAGGAAGAGGGCUCCCCCAGUCCCCCACCUCUCCUCCCUCCCCCCUGGAUCUGAAGGUUCUGGCAGCGACUCAUCUGCCAAUGCCUCCCCCUCCCCAACCAAACUGGCUUCCUCCACCUCACCGCGACACAGGAAGCUGACGCCGGAGCUGUCCAACCCGGACAGCAGCCUGUGACAGUGCAGCGUACCCACCCCCUAAGAAGAAUGUGGCUUCAUCUACAGGAAACCACUUCAAUUGCUUCUACUCCACUUUCCACUCAAUCCUAACAAUUUUUGUUUUAGUUUUUGGGAGGAAUGGUUCAUUAUGUAACUGGAUGAAAGGACUUCAUCCUUCUGGGACUCAACACAAGAUGCUACCAUGUCUCUCAAGAUGACUUUCCUUCACUCAGUUUGCUUCCUAUGCUGAAAAACUUGAUCCAUUUUUAAAAUUUACAUCAGUGGAAUUCAAACAUUGGUGUCACACUUCUGACUACAAAAUCUGACACGAAGAAGCAGUCCCACCAUCCCAAUGCUAACAGCAUGCCAUGUCAACUGGGGCAGGAAUGCAUUUUGUUUUUGACCUUUUUAAGGAUUUCAAGUUCUAUCACACUUAAAAUCUGCUGAGUCCUGCUGGACCUCCUACUAUCUCCGUUGCUUUUGGUGUCUGCUUCAGGUUGUCUUAACAGAUGAGGAGGGUUAUGAGGUCAGCACCGUCAGGCACAAAUUUUAUAGCAAUAUCGUCACCCAGUUAGUUCUGGAGAACUGCUUCUCUCCCUGUGUUGAUGUUGUUCACGCUACAUCUUAAACAUACAGCAGCUACAGGAUCAUGCAAUCAUCUGUUUGGCCGGGUAUCAUCAAGGGCGUCUUGUUGCUGCCUGUUUGGUUGAAACACAGGUGUAAGCCACAGAUGUGUAGACUGGAUCAUUAACUCAAUCAAAUCAAGUUUCAUCAAAAUGACGGAAAAACAUACAAGGAAAUAAGCACAGCACAGUACUAGAAAUACAAUGAGGGUUUCAAACUCUUAUCUAAGGAGUGCUUUAUCUUGUGAGACCCUUAAGCAGCUAAUGGAAGCAAAAUGGAAUAGGCACAGCUUGUACUUUUAACAGAUAUUUAAAGGGCUUUUAUUGACUUAUAUCACAGUUACUUGAGAUGUUCAACUAACAAUUAUUUACAUUAUCAGAAAGUUUAAACAUACUCUAUUUACAAUCAUAUAAAACAAAAUGAAUGGGCUAAUUGUUUCAACACUAGUUACAUGUAGAUUUGUCAAAAAGAUCAGGCCCCCAUAACCCAUGGUGAUGUCAAGUGUCAUGACAAGAUGUGCAAUUUGAAUUUUUACUUACUUUAAACAUGUUUCCCUAGCCAGGAUAUCGGCAGCUACUUCCUAAUGCUGCAAUCCUAAUGCUGCAGCCAGAGACACAUUGAUUAUUGUUGAUGAAGCAAUGACACUAAAAGCCAACAGUCAGAAGCAGUAGAGUCAUUUUGUAAAAAAGUGUUAACUUUUGUGUGCGUCAUGCGGCAGCAGUGUAUAGAUCUUUUUCACAGCAGACAUUUUGACUUUGUUGCAGCAGGAAAAGCACAGUACUAGAAAUACAAUGUAAAACAAAUUUCAGCAGUGAUGGCUCAGAUCCAUUAAGUGUCCCAGUAAGCCAUAACAGUGAGCCAGCGUGCACAAUACAAGGACCCUGGAACUAGCUCACCUAAAAGGCAGGAGGUCAUUUUUAAUGGUAUCAACUACACCAGUGCUUUUCCUGCUAUGAUGGAUCAAAAUGUCUGCUGUUAAAAAAAGUCUAUUUGCAACGCAGCAAUUUGAAGCAUUUUCACAGAACAAGUGUGUAAAUGUGGAUUGGAAAACAAGUGCCACACAACUGGAACCUUACGGUUCUAGGGAAGUUUUCUUGUUUGGUUGUUUGUUUUUUGCAUUUGAUCACAUCCACACUAACGGUGAUGGCAUAUCAACCUUUGCGACGUUUAUACAGGAAUCAGUUUUUAAUGCUUUUGUGGUAUAUACAGUAUAUGACCUUUUCUUUUCUGUCUAAACGGAGAGAAGUGUUUGGUACAUGUUUUAUUGCUGUUCAGACAUUUCGAAAAAGCAGUGGUGCCUGUGCAAGAUCACACUAAUUAUUAUUUAUAUUUUAUUUUUUUACUGUAUCACAAUAUAACUACACUCAAUACAAGGACCUACACUACAUCACUUUACUUCCUUUGGAACAGAUUUUAACGUGUCUCGUUUGGUUUUGGAUGACUGUUGCAGUGCCUUAUUUAACAUGUUUGACGGUUAUCAGCCUGUCUGUGUGUUUUAAUUGAGAAGGAUUCUGACGAAAGGCUUGUGAAGUCUGAGCUCAUUGUGGAGCUACAUAACGGACACUCUGGACUUUGGCUAGAAUUGUCUUAUUACAGAUUUACAACGGGCCAAAUUAGAUUUCAUGAGCGGUCACUUGAAUUGAUAGCUGAUCUAUUGUAAAUUGUAAAUAAUCUUGAUGUAGAUUAAAACUGGAAAGGCCGUCCUUCUUCCGGAAACCUGGGGAAUUUUUAUCUGUAGCUUGUUCUUUGUAGUAUGGGGUGAUCCUACUCAUUCACUUCCAGGUCAUAUGGUAAACUACUCUCAUAUGGUAAAAUAUGAGUGUAUGCUCUGUAGGAAACAAACACAAUGCACUUUGGUUAUGAUAUAGUUGUGAAGGCCUAAAAGGACAGCUGAAAGUUAAAUGUCAGCUACCUUAAUUAGUAUAGUCAUUCUGUGAGCUAAACCUGCGUCCACACUGCUUGAAGCCAUCAGAUCCCCUGUCAGAUUUCCACUAGCAGUUUAUUUGGGGUAAGUUAAAGAAACUUUUGAUCUAUGGUACUUCUUUUACAACAAUUGUGGAGACACUUGUCAACUGUAAAAAUAAGCGAAGAAAGGUAAAUAGAACUAGAAAGAAAUGUUCAUUAUAAUUUGCCAAAUCCAGCAGCUACAUAAACUCCUUGUAAGUAACAUUGCUUAUCAUUUUGUCAUUAAAAGACGAACUGACCAUGCCUGUAUAAAGAUCUACAUUUUGAUACACUCAGCUGUACGGAAAGUAGACAUUCAUAUUCAAAACAAAAUCCUAACAUGGAUGCAUUAAUGUGUGUGAUGGUGUGUUGACACUUACACUGUUGUUUAUUACAUAUUGUUGAUAAUCAUAUAAUGCCUUUAUUGAUAUCAUCAUGCUAUGGGACCUAACUGCAUUUGCACUUGCACUAUUAAGACUAUUAUUAAAAGUAACUCGCUAGUGUUUAUUUUAUAUAAAAAGUUUAAAGUGUAUUUCAGCACAUAAUUGUUUGUCUGUCUUCUGAAGAUCUGUCGUCCCUCAGUUCCUCUCUGGCUAUGUUUACAUUAUAUAUUACGGCCAGAUGCUGGUGAGCUAAAAAGGAAUACAUGUUUUUAAACUGCCCUGUACGUCAUUGUUUUACAUUGUUUGUUUGAAAUGAUGCAUUAUGUUGUAAUAUUAUUUACAGUUGCCUACAGCACUGACCCCAUGAUCAAAUAUGAUGUUAACAUCACUAAAACCUCUCGAAACUGGACGUUUUUCCUUUCUUGAACUCUCAGAAGAUUAAGAGGUGAAUUGACUGAUGAAAUAAAGUUGUUUUGUCAUUCUUCGUCUGAACCGAAGCGCAAACAUCCAGCUAUUUACAGGAGAUCCUUCAAAUCUGUAUUAUUAGAAAGCUGAGAGGUUUAGCAUCAGUUUGCAGAAAUGUUUACCUUUUGUUAAAAAUACAGUUAGUGUGUGUUUUUAACGUAAUGUUUAGGACAGCAUGACAUUGUUUUGGGACCAUUAACUUCAAUCCAGAUAUACAGGCAAAUAUCAUCAACAACAGCUUAAGAGCAAAUGAAAACAUUUAAAAUAUUAUAGUUUUUAGUGCAUGGUUUGUGUGGAUAACCUGCCAAAGAGUGCGCCAUAUUUGUUUUGCAUGAGCGUCAGAGGUGUAUGCGUGCAUCUCCCCAGCGCUUUCAUUUCACUAACCUUCCCGUUCAGACAGUCUCCUCUCCGAGACGCCGUCUGUCGUCAUCAUGAUUUAUGAGUUUAAUAAAACCUUGUGUGUGUGUGUGUGUGUGUGUUUGUGUGUGUAGCUCAGGGCCAUACUGUCCCUUACAAUCACUCCACAAACUCUCUUUUCACAGCCUCUCCCUCCCUCUGUGGCUGACAAUAGCUGUGAAUGUGGCUGUGAAUGUUUUAGAAGUGCCCUUGUCAGACUGGUGUCCUUGAGCGAGGGCAUGGUUGUUACUGCCAGUUGGUUAAUUUCAAACUUGGCUUGAUGUUCCCUUAAGGGACGCACGAGCAAAACCAAAUUACUGCAUAGUUUUGAUGGAGAUACCGGCCCUCUGUGUGUGUUUGUGUGUGUGUGUGUGCGUGCGUGUGUGUGUGUGUAUGUGUGAUAACUAAGUCUCUGUACAGCUGACGGCACAUCUGUGUUUUACUAACUCAGCAGAAAAUAAUUCCUUAACAAAUCCAGAUACAGCAGCUUCAUUUCUGAUGAUGUAGUAGUAUUCAGUACAUCUCAGUUGUAUCCCCAAGUGUGUUCCUCACUCCUUUACACACAUCCAAACGCAAAUCAUUCACUUGUAUGUGCAAACUGUUUUGCGUUCAUAAUUGUCUUUCUGCAAGUUUAAAUAAAUAUUUAAAUUGAGGCACAAUAUUAACCUCAUCAUGGAACAAAUACUGAUGUAUCACUAGUGGAGUUGUUGUCCUUUGUAACACUUGUUGUUCUCAUGCAUUGAUAUCACAUUGAACAUGGAAUUGGUACGUUUGUGUGUCUUUAAUUUUGAGCUGCUGCUUUUAAAUACUGACAUCUCUGUUCACAGCGGAGUAAAACAAUAUUAAACUGCUACAAACUG